AUGGUGGUGGAGGCGCUCCUGGGAAGUGCUCUCAUCCAGAACCGCCGAAGAAUGCUACCAAGACCUCGACGAAAAGACUCAGCCAAGAUCUCAAGCAAGAAUACCACAGAAUCAGAAGAAGUUAUUCCACCGCAGACUCAAGCCGAAGAAAAGGAUCAAAGUCCAAGUCAAAGUCAGGGCAAAGGUCAAGUGCAGGAGGUGAAAAACGAGACCGAUAUUCUUAUUGAAAACCCCAAUCGCAUCGAGCCACAUCGUCAUCACGGAGUAUUUCUAUCACGUAGUCGUUUCGAUGCGAUUCAAUUGCUCACCCGGAAUACGAGUUCGAGUACAGAUGAUUACGGCGAACAAAGAAUCGUCUCGGAAUUCCGGGGAAAACGCUGUGAAUUUCGAGCAUGGUCGCCCUUUCAAUCCAAGCUUGCAGCUGGAAUUAUGGGAGGUGCUAUCGAUUUGCACCUGAAGAGUGGCUCAAAAGUUCUCUAUUUGGGAGCGGGAUUCGGACGGUCGGUGUCCCACAUCUCGGAUAUUGUGGGUGAGUCUGGAAUGGUUUACGCAGUUGAGCAGGGUCCUUGGGCGGGUCGUCAACUCACUGCGCUUUCCAGUCACCGUCCGAAUAUCGUACCCGUAAUCGAGGAUGCCACAAUGCCGUACAAAUACCGCUUGGAAGUUCCCGCCUGCAUUGACAUUAUCUUUUCCGAUUUACCGCAGGCCGAUCAGGCUCGAUCUCUAAUGCUAAAUGCUAGACAUUUCCUAGUUCCAGGCGGUUAUUUUGUGGUCUAUUUGCACGUUGCCAACGGAAAUGGCGUGAUUACCAGUAAAGAGGCGUUCGAUCCUGCGAAGGAGCUUUUGAGGGAGCACCAGUUGGAACCCAUCGAACAGGUUUUGUUGGAACCCUAUAAGCCAGGUUACGCCCUCGUAGUGGGCGUGUCCACACGUAAGGAGGUUACCUCUUAGAUUGCCUUAGGUUUAUGUUUGCGUUGUUAUCUUAAAAUAAUUCUUAGUUCAAUAAAUUGCAAAA